AUGACGCAGACCGAUCAUCCUAUCGAGACGCCACCGCGUGCACCCUCUCCCGUCCAUCGCUUUGGGACGCUCGCCGUUCACGCAGGCUCGCCUCAUGACCCCACCACCGGUGCCGUCAUUGAGCCCAUCUCCCUGAGCACAACGUUUGCUCAGACCGCCGUGGGGAAACCAGUGGGAAUCUACGAAUACAGUCGCUCUGCCAAUCCCAAUCGCGACAACUUCGAAAAGGCACUGGCCGCAAUUGAACACGCAAAGUACGCUCUGGCAUUCGCCUCGGGCUCGGCCACAACCGCAAUCAUCUUGCAGAGUCUGGCAGCGGGAAGUCAUGUAAUCAGUGUGAGCGAUGUCUAUGGGGGUACACACAGAUAUUUUACCCAGGUGGCCAAGGCACACGGGGUCAAGGUUACCUUCACACCGGAAAUUGAGGUCGAUAUCCGGGAGCAUAUUACACCUGAGACGAAGCUGGUUUGGAUCGAGUCACCAUCCAACCCAACCUUACGACUGGUGGACAUCCGCGCCGUUGUGUCACAAGCGCAUGAGCACGGGAUCAUGGUCGUGGUGGACAAUACCUUCUUGAGUCCAUACGUGCAAAAUCCUUUGGAUCAUGGAGCCGACAUUGUUGUCCACUCGGUCACCAAGUAUAUCAAUGGCCAUUCCGAUGUGGUGAUGGGAGUUGCAGCCUUCAAUUCGGAUGUCAUGAAGGAGAAAUUAACCUUUCUACAAAACGCUAUCGGCGCUGUCCCUUCUGCCUUCGACAGCUGGCUUGCUCAUAGAGGUCUUAAGACUCUUCACUUAAGAGCUAGAGAAGCAACGGUCAACGCUACAGCUGUUGCGCAUGCCCUUGAAGCCUCACCAAAUGUUAUCGCCGUCAACUACCCAGGUCUCGAUUCCCACCCACAUCGCAAGAUUGCGCUCAAGCAACACCGAAACGGCAUGGGCGGUGGAAUGCUUUCUUUUCGGAUCAAAGGAGGUCACGCUGCAGCUGAGAGAUUUUGCCAGGCCACUCAACUCUUCACGCUUGCUGAAUCGCUGGGAGGUAUUGAGUCUUUGGUCGAGGUUCCAAGUAGCAUGACACACGCGGGAAUUCCAAAGGAGCAACGAGAAGCCGUUGGUGUCUUUGACGAUCUUGUGCGAGUCAGCUGCGGUAUUGAAGACGCCGAGGAUUUGAAGGCAGAUGUUCUCCAAGCUCUUGAGAAGGCUGUUGUCUGGCCCAAGGUUACCAAUGGCCUCAAUGGUGUAGUCGAUGGCCUCUCACGUUAA